UUUGGCUCGAGACGGCUCGCUGUUUACCGCCGCGCGCGCGUGUCACACCGGCACACACCAAAGCGCCCUCGCGCCGCCGCGCCUCCGCUCAGCUCGCGCGUGGAUCUCCGGUACCGCACGCUGCCUGCAGUACCGGUACGGGAAUAGACCGCUCUCGGGAGUCGGCGGUUUUUUAUGUUUUUAAGUCUCGCGACUAAAAAAGACCGGAGCGCGUGAGAGUUCUGGACUCCCGUAACAACUCCUGAAACAAAGACGCGUCCUCGCGCAGAGAGAGAGAGAGAGGUCUCGAGCCGAAACGUGAUGGAGUGAUAAUGGACUGAGUGCAGAUACGGGAGUUCGGUUCCGAGACCCUGAGGAAGCCCACCUGGACCGCAGUACACAACCAUGGAUAACUUCUUCACUGAGGGCUGCCGAGUGUGGCUGUGGGAGGGGGAUCAGUACUGGCCCAGUACAGUGGACUCCUGCUCGGGUGGUGUGGUGGUCUUCCGCACAGACUUUGGACAGGUCUACACGUAUAAGCAGAAUGCUCUCAGCAGGCAGAGAGUGUAUGAGAUGCACAGUAACAGUGUGCACGGAGUGGAGGACAUGGCGGCCCUGCAGGAUCUGCAUGAAGGAGCUAUUCUACACAACCUGCACCUGAGAUACACACAACACAGCAUAUACACAUAUAUUGGGUCUAUAUUAGCAGCAGUGAACCCGUACCAGUGCAUACCGGAGAUGUACGAUGUUUCGGCGGUGGAGAGAUACAGUCGGCAUCAUCUGGGUGAAAUCCCCCCUCACAUCUACGCCAUCGCUAACGAGUGCUACCGAUCUCUGUGGAAACGAAGCAACAACCAGUGUGUGCUCAUCAGUGGGGAGAGUGGUGCAGGGAAGACAGAGAGCACCAAAGUGAUUCUUCGGUUCUUGUCGUUGAUGAGCCAACAGAGUCUAGAACUGUCUGCCAGAGACAGAUCAUCACAUGUAGAGGAGGCCCUACUGGAGAGCAGUCCCAUAAUGGAGGCGUUUGGGAAUGCUAAGACGGUGUACAAUAAUAACUCCAGCCGAUUCGGGAAGUUCAUUCAGCUUCAUUUCAGCCAGCGGGGGAACAUCCAGGGAGGAAAGAUCGUCGACUACUUACUGGAGAAGAAUCGAGUUGUGCGUCAGAACCCAGGAGAGAGAAACUACCACAUAUUCUAUGCUCUGCUCGCAGGAACCAGUGCAGAACAGAGGGAGGCCUUCUCUCUUCUUCCUGCUGAAAAUUUUCAUUAUCUGAAUCAGUCCAGCUGUGUGAAAGAUGACACCAUUGAUGACAAAAGCACAUUUCAGGAAGUGCUGAAUGCCUUGAGGACAAUGCAGUUUGGGGAAGAGAGUAUUCGUGAAGUUUUAAGGCUUCUGGCUGGAAUUCUGCACCUGGGUAACAUCGAGUUCAUCACAGCUGGAGGAGCCCAGGUCUCUUCCAAAGCAGCUCUCAGUAUUGCAGCAGACUUGUUGGGGUUGGACUGUACUCAGCUGGCUGAAGUUCUAACUCACAGGUCCAUGAUUCUCAGAGGAGAAGAGAUCAGCACUCCACUUACUGUAGAACAGGCUGUAGAUUCUCGAGACUCCAUGGCGAUGGCCCUCUACUCUCAGUGCUUCACCUGGAUCAUCCAUCGGCUCAACAAGCGCAUCCACGGCAACGACAACUUCAAGUCUAUCGGCAUCCUGGACAUCUUUGGAUUUGAGAACUUUGAGGUGAACCGGUUUGAGCAGUUCAAUAUUAACUAUGCUAAUGAGAAGCUGCAGGAGUAUUUCAAUAAGCACAUUUUCUCAUUGGAGCAGCUGGAGUACAACAGGGAAGGACUGGUCUGGGAUGAUGUUAAUUGGAUGGAUAAUGGAGAAUGCCUAGAUCUCAUAGAGAAGAAACUGGGCCUGCUGGCUCUGGUGAACGAGGAGAGUCAUUUCCCCAAAGCCACUGAUGCUACACUGCUGGAGAAACUCCACAGCCAACACUCUAAAAACCCUUUCUACAUUAAGCCUCGAGUUGCUGUGCACUAUUUUGGAGUGAAGCACUAUGCAGGAGAGGUGGUGUAUGAUGUACGAGGCAUCCUGGAGAAGAACAGAGACACUUUCAGAGAUGACAUUCUCAAUUUACUCAGGGAGAGCAGGUUGGAUUUUGUGUAUGAUUUGUUUGAGAGGAUGAGUGCUAGGUGCGGGCAGGACAUGAUAAAGAGCAGCUCACAGCAUAGGAGGCCGACGGUCAGCUCACAGUUUAAGAAUUCUCUGCACUCUCUGAUGUCCACCCUCAGCACAUCCAACCCGUUCUUUGUGCGCUGCAUCAAACCAAACAACAAUAAGAUGCCGGAUUGUUUUGAUCACUCCGUGGUGCUGAACCAGUUGCGUUAUUCUGGAAUGCUGGAGACAGUCAGGAUCAGACGCGCUGGCUUUCCAGUUCGCAGGACCUUCCAGGACUUCUGCUCCAGAUACUAUGUGUUGAUGAGGGGAGUUAUCAUGUGUGAGGAUCAGAAGGAGGCGUGUCUCCGGUUGCUGCGUGUCUAUGAUAGCAGCAGUGCAGAAUGGCAGCUGGGCAAGACCAAGGUGUUCCUGAAGGAGAGCCUAGAGCUGCGAUUGGAGAAGAAACGAGAGGAGGAGGUGCUCCGGGCUGCAGCCAUCAUUCAGGCUCAUAUACUGGGCUACAGGGCACGAAAGCAGUACAGGCGGCUGCUGCAGUGUGUGGUGGUGAUCCAGAAGAACUGGAGGGCGCGAUUCUGGCGCAAGCGCUUCCUGAUGCUGCGCUGGGCCUCGAUCACACUCCAGAAAAGAGUCAGAGGUCAAAGGGCGCGGCAGCUCUACCUACAGCUGCUGGAGGAACGAAAGAGGAGGUUAGAGGAAGAGGAGGAGCGGAGACGAAGAGAGGAAGAAGAGCUAGAGAGGAAGAGACAGGAGAUGGAGGCAGAGCGGCAGGCGCGAGAAGCCGAGGAGGCACGGAGAGCAGAGGAGGCUCAGCGAAAGAAGGAAGAGGAGGCUCUUAAAAAGCAACAGACAUUGGCGUCAUCUUCAUUGUCUUUGCCUGAGAGUGACCUGCCCGAACCUUCAGCUGAAGAGGAGGCCUUUGAAGAGGUGUUUGAAGAGGAGGUGCGUCCACACGAGGCGUCUCAGGUGGAGGAGAUCUUGCGCCUGGAGAGGGAAAUCGAGGGGCUAAGGCGACAGAAGGAGACGCGGGAGCAGUGCCUGAACACCCAUUCGCUGGCCCGUCUGCAGCAACUGCGGGAUCAGGAGCUGCUGCGUCUGGAGGAGGAGGCCUGCCGGGCGGCCCAGCAGUUCCUCUCCUCGCUCAACUUCCACGAGAUAGACGAGUGCGUGAGAAACAUCGAGAGCUCCAUGGCGCUGGAGGCCACGGACCAAGGUAGGCAAGCGGGUGAGGAGGAGGAGGAAGUGGAUGAAGGCUUGGGUGUGGAUGAAGACGGUUUUAAAGACUCGCCGAACCCCAGCGAGCAUGGCCAUUCAGACGGACAGAGGACCAGCGGCAUCCGCACCAGCGACGACUCGUCAGAGGAGGACCCCUACGCCAAUGACCGCAUGGGCCCUCCCCCUGCCAUGCCAACCAUCCUGCCCUCAGCCUAUCACGGACCUCCCGGCAGCAGGGACGCCGCCUAUUGCAGGGCCCAGGAGGACGAGGAGGAGGACGUGGAGCUGAUUCCACCAAACGAGGACUCGGAUUAUGAUGCUGAUGAUUACGACGAGGGCGGCAUCAACAUGCCUCCCAGCAUGCCACUCUGUCUGACCCAGAGCGGCCGCUGGUCACAAGACUACCGCAGUUCCCUGGCAACAAGCACCAGUGCCAGCUCGGGGGCUUACAGGUUCAGCUCAGAAGGAGCUCAGUCAUCAUUUGAUGACAGCGAGGAUGACUUUGAAAGAUUUGAUACAGAUGACGAGUCGUCAUAUCGAAGAGAUUCAGUGUACAGCUGCGUCACUCUGCCGUACUUCCACAGCUUCCUCUGUAUCAAAGGUGGUCUGCUGAACUCGUGGAAGCGGCGCUGGUGUGUGCUGAAGGACGAGACGUUCCUGUGGUUCCGGAGCAGGCAGGAGGCUCUGAAGCAGGGCUGGCUGCUGAAGAAAGGUGGAGGCUCCUCCACACUGUCUCGCCGCAACUGGAGACGCCGCUGGUUCGUCCUGCGGCAGAGCAAGCUCAUUUACUACGACAACGACGCUGAAGAGAGGAUGAAGGGCAUGUUGGACAUUCACGAAGCCAAAGAGAUCAUUGACAUCACAGGAAAGGAGAAUGGAAUAGACAUUGUUAUGCCUGAGAGAACAUACCAUCUUAUAGCGGACACUGCAGAAGAUGCCAGCCAUUGGUUCAGUGUGCUGAGUCAGGUCCACACCUCUACUGAGCAGGAGAUCAGAGAGAUGCAUGAUGAACAGGCUAACCCACAGAAUGCAGUGGGUACUCUCGAUGUCGGGAUGAUUGACUCUGUGUGUGCCUCAGAUAACCCAGAGAGGCCGAACUCGUUCGUGAUUAUCACGGCUCAUCGUGUUCUGCACUGUAAUGCUGAGACUCCAGAAGAGAUGCACCACUGGAUCGCCCUGCUACAGCGUUCCAAAGGAGACACGCGUGUUCAGGGUCAGGAAUUCAUCAUCAGAGGUUGGCUCCAUAAGGAGAUGAAGGGCAGUAGUCGUGGUAACCUCAGACUAAAGAAACGCUGGUUCCUACUUACCCAUAAUUCCCUGGACUACUACAAAAGUUCAGAGCGAAAUGCUCUUAAACUGGGAUCUCUGCUGCUCAACAGCCUGUGCUCUGUACUGCCCCCUGAGGAGAGAGUGUACAAAGAGACUGGUUACUGGAGUGUGACAGUGUUUGGGCGUAAGCACUCCUACAGGCUGUACAGUAAACUGCAGAGUGAAGUGUCUCGCUGGGCCAGUGCUGUCCAGAACGUCAUCGAUACCAAACCUCCCAUAGACACCCACACCCAGCAGCUCAUCCAGGACAUUAAGGAGAACUGUCUAAACUCAGAAGUAGUGGAUCAGAUUUACAAGAGGAACCCAAUCCUGCGAUACACACACCACCCUCUACACACACCACUGCUGCCACUACCCUAUGGAGAUGUCCACCAAAGCCACGAUAAGGGAAGGAACUACAGCACUUUGCAGGCAGAGGCUCUGAAGCUCUUCAGCAUCCUUCAGCAGCUGGAAGGCGUGACCGACCCGGUUCCAGUCAUCCAGGGUCUUCUGCAGACGGGCCAAGACCUCCGACCCCUGCGGGACGAACUCUACUGCCAACUUAUCAAGCAAACAACACGCCCCCCUCAGCCAGGAGGCCCCGCCCACGUCAACGGCUGGCGAAUCAUAUCCUGCAUGUGUUGUACCUUUAGCCCCUCCUCCAGGAGCAUCCUGAAAUACCUCAAAUUCCACCUGAAGAGGACACGAGAACUGUACCCAGGCACUGAGAUGGAGCGCUACGCGACAUUUUCCCAAGAUGCACUGCGGCACGUCCGUGUGCGGGAGAGUGUGCCGUCGCGUGAAGAGCUACGAGCCAUUCUCAGCAGACAGGAAAUGACAUCAACUGUGUACUGCCAUGGAGGCGGGUCCUGCAAAAUUACCAUCAACUCGCACACCACAGCCGGAGAGGUGGUGGAUAAGCUGUUGAAGGGUCUGGCGAUGGAGGACAGCAGGAACAUGUUCGCUCUGUUUGAACACAACGACACCACAGACAAAGCCAUUGAAGGCCGGGCCAUAGUGGCGGAUGUUCUCGCUAAGUUCGAGAAGUUGGCAUCUGAAGAGGAGCAGAGUGGAGGAGGCUGGAAGUUUUAUUUUAAGCUGUACUGUUUCACAGAUACAGAGAACAUUCCAGUGGACAGUGUAGAGUUCGCCUUCAUGUUUGAACAGGCUCAUGAGGCAGUGAUCACUGGGCAGUAUCCUGCACCUGAGGAGACCCUGCAGUUCCUCGCAGCCCUCAGACUGCAGUACCUGCUCGGGGACUACAGCGCUCAAAAUGCUUUGCCCGACCUGGAGCAGGUAUUCCCCAUGGCACGCCUGCGGGCACGAGUCCAGCGCUUUGCCCCCAGCAACUCCAGCUCCACAGCAGGGGGUGAGAAGAAGAGAGGCAGCUUCCUGGAGGGCACACUCAGGAGGAGCUUCAGGGGCUCGCUGGGGCGACAGCGGCAGGGCGAGCUAUCCGCCGCGGUGGAGGCGUGGCUUCAGGAAGAGAAGGCGGGACUAAAGAGCUGCUUGAUAGAGAAAUGGAGGAAGCUGCAGGGGAUGAGUCAGGAUCACGCCAUGGUCAAAUACAUGAAUUUGGUCCGAGAGUGGCAGGGGUAUGGCUCUACACUGUUCAGUGUGGAGUGUGCUGAUGGAGUGUAUCCUGCAGAGCUGUGGCUGGGAGUCAGUCGUAAAGGAGUAUGUGUGUAUAAGCGAGGGGAGGCGUGGCCACUGGAGGUUUUCUCCUACGAGGCUAUUCUGUCUUUCGGAGCUCCACAGCCCAACCUUUACAAAAUCAGCGUGGAAGGACGAGAUCUGCUCUUCCAGACCUGCCAGGUGAUGGACAUCGCCAAACUGAUGAAAGCCUACAUCAGCAUGAUCGUACAGAAGCGCUUCAGCACCUGUCAAUCAAUCAGCAGCCACGGCAGCCAGUGCAGCAACUGGUGAACUCGGACCUCGCACUCUCGGACAGCCAAUCCCUACAAUCCCUGCCUUACACACACUCCUCUUAAUUUAUGCGUUUGAACUCACUGUUCAGCAAACAGAGUGUGAGCAAGCAGACCGAGGUGUGUGAGGAGGUUAACAGACAUUCCAGGACAUUCCAGAAAGUGGAAAUAUUUAAAUGCAUAAAGUCUUGUGAGCACUCUACAGACACAGUACAGGUGCUUUGAUAAAAAAAAAUUAUGUUUGGACGAGUAUUUUUGUAAAUAACCAAUGAUGUUAUUCACCUCAAAGUGCCUAAAGCCACAGAAAAAAGACACUGAACAAGAAUGUACUUCAUCUUUAAGAGGAAAUGCAUUAAUAUUAUAAACACAAAACAUUAUCUUCAUACAAUCAUGAAGCAUAAUAUUAUGACCACCUCCUUCUCUACAUAUUUUGUACUUAUUGUAUCAUAUCAUAUUAUCUUAUCAGCUCAUCUGUUGCUUACAGCUUCUUCAGGCCAUCCUAAAGUCCUUAGUCAGUGAUCACAUGACAAUUUAUCACAGGGAUUCUUAGGUGUUUAAAAACUUCAGCAGCACUGCUGCUGUAUCUGAUCCACUCAUACCAGCAUGCUAACCAGUGCUAAUCACUGCAGUGCUGAUAAUAAAUAAUGACCCACCAACCAAAUAAUAAUUAUAGCUGUUAUGUGGGUUCCUGAUCAUUGAAAAACAAGGUAAAAGGAGGAUAAAAAUAAAGUACUGUAAGCAGUAAAACAGAAAAACAACAUGCUUCUAUACUGUAUGUUCAGUGGAGCUGAUGAAAUAGAUAAUGGGUUCAGAAAUAAGGAGGUGGUCAUAAUGUUAUGUUACGUUUGAUCGUUGCAUUCUGCUGCAGAACACCUCAGUCCCAUGUCUUGGUCAGCACAAUGUGUUUAAAUCAAGAGAAUUACAAUAUAAAUGCACGUUGAUGUAAGUAAUGAAUGUUUCCUGAAUGUUCCGGAAGGGCUGUUGUCUCACUGACAUUUAGUCCACUAGCAUUUCACUGGAGCUCUGCAGGCAGAACCUCCAGCCAAAGACACAGCACUCAGAGCCUGUGCCUUUCUGCAAAAACAGACUGUUAUUCACACAAACACACUACAUUCACUACGUUCACAAACACAGGAAAUACAGUCAGAUUCAUAACUAUUUGGACAGUGAUAUUUAAUUUUGUUUAAUUUGCUGUGGUUUUGAAAUGGAGCAGUCAAGAUGUGAUUGGGAUACAAUUUUGGGUGGCAGGUUGGCUUAGUGGUUAGCACUGCAUUUGCCUCCCAGCACUGGGGUCUUGGGUUCAAGUCUCUGUAUGGGUGUAGUUAAUAUGUUUUUCUCCUUGUGUCUGCAUGGGUUUCAUCCCACAGUCCAAAAAAUGGAGAUCAUGUAUGUAAGGUGUUUUUUUUUUACGACACUAGUAACUAGUAACUAGUAGUAGGAAAAGAUUGUAGCCGUAAAGAUAAGCUAAGUUAAGUAAACAAAACUCUAAUUCUUAAAAAAAAAACAUUUCAGACAAGUCAGACAAGUCAAAUGAGCGUUUGAUGUUAAUCUUCACAGAUUUUCUCCUGAAAACUGUUUAUUUGGGUUAGUAAAGCACUUUGGUUUAUUUACAGUAAGCUUAGAUUUCCACUAAAGCUGGAGCAUUAACAUUAGCGGCUAAUGCCACCCUACAGAGCUACACCCUACAGCUACACCCAACAUCCUACAGAGCUACACUGAGGAACCCUAAGUGUUCCGGUAAGCCAGUAGCUUGUUUUAACAUAGUAAACUUACAGUCCGAUAUACUCACCUCUAAACAGCGUAAAUGCUAGUGCUGUGGUUAGUGGCUAAUGCUAAUGCUGCUCCAGCAGUGCUAGCCGGGGUUAGCAGCAGGCUACAGUCCGAUAUACUCACCUCUGAACAGCGUAAGAGCUAGCGCUGUGGUUAGCAGCUAAUGCUAAUGCUGCUACAGCAGUACUAGCCGGGGCUCACCCCUGGAUGGCCAAAGAGCCAUCACGCAAACUCUUUUUUAACGCUGUGGCAGAGUGGUCUUUAUAAACUGACUAUAAAUAAAUUCAUGCACAAGGCACACUUACGAUUUUUGGGAAAAUUAAAGGAUUUUAGGUGUACCUUAUAGUGCGGAAAAAAACAGUAAAUUGGAUACUUGGUCACUUUGCCUAAUUUUGCCCACCUCUAUACAAACACUAGAAAUCUAAAUUUAAACACUCCAUGUUCUGAACAUAAUUUGCUGUACUUUUCUGACUGCUGCCGUAAUUUUAGUAGGGGUUAAAUGUGGCCUCAAACUAUUUGCAGUUCUGUGUGUAUAGAGUUGUAUGUAAGCUUGGCUACUUACUUACAGUAUGGACUGAAAGAUGCACUCUGCGGAGGGAUAUCCAGUUAGUGUAGUUAAAAGUUUCCCUUUUCUCCAUGAGACACAUUAUUUCCUUUAUAUUCAUGCUUAAGGCAAAUCAGUUUGGCAGGAUCUAGAACCUCUAAACAUCAGAUGCAGGCAAUCACAGACACAGGAAGUGGAGAGAUUACGUAAAAAAUGUCACACACCAACUGCCUCAUUUCAAAUCCAUUGUUAGGGUGUACAGAAAUAAACAUAAACCCACUGUCCAAAGACUUAUGGACCUGACUGUAACUAUAAAGGCAGUGUCUCUCUGUAUUGAUUCAUUAUGUGAUAUAAUGUGCAAUGUCUUUGUUUUUUUUUUACUAAGAAAAGCUGAAUAUUUUUAAUCAUCUUUGUAUAAGACCACUGAUGUCAGGUGGAAUGUGUUGUUAUUAUUCCAAAGUACUUUACCAUGUUGUAUUAUUUUAAAAGCUUAAAAUACACAGACACCAACAAUAUGCAAUUUUUGACUUUUUCAUUAUGUGCAUUAGCUGUGGUAGUCAAUAAAGGACCUGAAAAUCAAAA